AUGGAGCCCAAGGCUGCCUUCUCUCGCCUCCAGCUUGCAGCAGCAUUGAUUGAAUAUGAUAACGAUGACACAGACCCUACCAAAGCACAACGGUCUGCCCAUGACAGCGCUAUCUUUGCCCAUCUACGUCGCACCAACCUCCCUCGUCGACCCGUCGGUUCUCGCGGGAGUACAGAUUACUUGGGCGUCGCUCUGCCCAGCGAAACCGGAAGCGUAGGCGGCCUCGAUUCUCUGGUGGGCGAUAGGCGUUCGCGGGCUGGCUCCGUAGAUGCCCUUCAGAAUCCCUUUGGUCGCGACUCCACGUACGAAGGGGUUCCUGAAGAGGAGGAAGCAGAGGAUAUGGAAGUGGAUCUUACAUCUUGGGGGCUUGAUGCCUUCAUUCCUAAGGACAAGGAGUCCAAGAAUCGUCGCAGUAAAGCUAAACUUGAUGCCCUUCCCAAUCCUCAUCCUCAGUUACCCACCCAAGGUCCACAGGCACAACGUGGCCGCCGUCCUAGAGCUAGCGCCAGGACUAUGAGUAUGGGGUAUUUCGAUAGUUUCGGGGAAGGUGGCGCUUUCCUGGACGCCAAAUCCUCCGCAAAUCCCAUCGGCGUACGUCGACAUUCCAUCGGAUCCCCUCUAGAUUUACCUGCAAUGCAGCCGUCAGCAAACUCCUUACCUCCACGUCGCCCGGCGUCCGUGCACGCUCUCAUCGAGAAUCUCCCCGUUACGCCGCCUCUUCAUUCCAUUCCAUUCCCUACAAGCGAGUCCGUACGUUCAAUGUCUCCGUUUCCUCCAGAAGGAUUGUCAUAUCCCAGACCUUCCUCUCGAGGGUCUCUCUUAGACCAUCCAGCUCACGGCCGCACAUAUUCUACGGCGAGCUUAGGUUCGAGAAUGAUGCUCAACGAGGAAGCGCCAAAUCCGUUCGUGCUACGUCCCCCUUCACCGGACCGCGCAUCACGGUUCGAUCCGAAAGCUGCUCGGAAGCGUACGAUGUCUAAUGCUACGAUGGGCACCAUUAUGUCUCCAGGUAUGCCAGAAGAGACGAAUCCAUUCGCAGUGAGGCCGCCCUCUCCAAGUCGAUCAUCCAGGUUUGACCCCAAAGCGAUUCGCGCACGCACAGUCUCAAACGGAUCUGUGGGUACUCAGAUGCUACUCGACAACGAUGCUGUCUCGAGCGAUGGUAGCCAUCCCCCUCGUCCGCAUCUGUACUCCCGGAUGGAGCUUAUGCGGCCGAAGGUGCUCAUCAUGCCCAGCCCUCUGCAAGGCACGACGCCAACGACCCCGUCCUUAUCGAUGCAAUUUCGAGAAGGGUUCGAAGCGACCACCGAUGGGCCGCCUCUCCCACCCGGCGCUCGCACAGCACGGAAGUCUGCUGUAAUGUCCAUGUUGGACCCAUCUUCUGCAGCACCCAUCGCUUCCAAUUCAUUUACUCCAAACCCUCGUCAAAGCUUGACACUUUCGCAGCUAACGUUCCGUAAUACGCUCAUGGUCGAUGGACAACGAGACGUUGCCUACACUGACAUCGACACCACACUCCGCCGGGCAACUGCGGAGGGUGACCAGAUCGAGCCUGACCCAGACGAAGAGCCUCUUCCUCCCGUUGCCGCAGUCAUGACGGACAUGGACAACGGAGAGCGAUCGAAGCGGCCAGCCGGAAAACUCUUUGGCAAGAGCCUCAUCGACGAUCUUGAAUCGCGUAAAGCUAACAUGCACAGUAAACGACGUGUCUUCACCGGUGAUCAGAGACCCUCCAUGAUGGCGCGGACGCCGAUGCAACGGUCGAGUACCCUUAUUGACCCGGAAUCCCUGCAGCGCCCCAUCUCUCAGCGCAUGGAUUCCUUCAAGUCCCAACCUGAGCUAACACGCCGCAAUUCGACCAUGAAGCCACUGAUUGAUCUUAACAACGACAUCCCGGGAGCGCCGCGCGGCAAGCAUCUCAGCGUGCUCCCCGUGCAUCAAGGAGACAAGCGCUCCGUAUUUGGCGUGGACACCUUGUGGGAACGAGAGCUGGCCAAGUUGCGCGAGAUCGAAGAUCGCGAGCGGCAGGAGGCUGAGGAACGGACGAAGCUGGAGGACGCCAAGAGGAGGAAAAAGAAAGGCAAGAAGAGGAAGGGAAAGCACAGAGAGCCCGAGGCGGCGGAGGAUCCCAGUCCGGCUCCAGAUUCCGUCCCUGAGUCCAACAUACCCUCUCAGACGGAAUCGCUGGCGUACAUCUUGCCAAUGAUUGAGAAGACUGCGGCGCGGCCAAAACCACCUCCUGAGGACGAGAUGGAGGAAGAUAGCGACUCCAGUGAUGUACCGCUUCCUGCAGCGGCUCGGAGCAGUCAGAUGGAUGUCGAGGCGGCAGACUGGUUGGCAGGAUCAUCUGACGAUGAGGAUAGAGACCCUCGUCGCACCAUCGGAUCUGGACCAAGGUAUCCGAGUCAACCACCAAAGCUUGUCCUUCCGCACAGGAACGAUGACGAGAGCAGUGAAGAAGAUAUUCCUCUUGUCGCAACUAUCGGUCGCGCUGCUCAGCGAUUGACACGAGCUGACCUAGAUGAUGAAUCCGAUGAGGAGAAACCGUUGUCGACUCUGCUUGACAAAACGAAGCUCAAACUUCCUUCCCUUGGUGGAAGCCUCCUCCCCGAUACCAGCGAGAAAGGCGCUGAGGAUGAUGACGAGGACAACAAGCCAUUGGGCCUCCGCCUCCCUGCAAAUUCUCCCAAUCCUCUCGGUUCUACCAGUCAAGAUGCAGACGACGAUCGGCCUCUUGCCUUCCAUCCAGAUCAAAUGCGUCGAACGCAGUACAUGAUGGCUCAACAACAGCAGAUAAUGAUCCAGGCGCAAGCCGCUCGAAUGCACCAGUCGAUGAUAUUUGGCGCUCCGUCCAUGAUGAGCUCAGGAUUUUUUGGACCACCUAUACCUCCUCCCAUGAUGAUGCCCCCGCAACUCACUGCAACACCGCCCCCGAUACCCGACACAGCGAAGUUUGGACGUGUCGACAGGUGGAGGCACGACGUAGCGGUGGAGGGAGAGCACUAG